AUGGGUCGCUUCUUUGGGAAAGUGGUGCUAGUGACCGGAGGGACCAGCGGUCUAGGUGCUGCCACUUGCCAACUAUUUGUGAACGAGGGUGCAACUGUUUUUGUGACGGACUUAGACGAACGCGACUUCAUUCGACGUCUCAGCUCCGAGAAUGCGCACUACAGAAGAUGCGAUAUCUCAUCUCCAGAGGACUGUGAAGACGCUGUGGCUGACUGUAUCCAGAGGUAUGGUCGAUUAGACAUUCUUUUCUCCAACGCAGCAGUAACCCCUACAACGUAUACGAGUGCAGAGGAUCACGACCUGGCUCUGUUCCAACGGAUUGUGACAGCCAACAUUUGCAGCACCGUCUAUCUUGCUAGAGCAGCAGUACCUCAGAUGCGAAAACAAGGAAAUGGAGUAAUCAUCGCCACAGCAAGCACGGCAGGGACUGGUGCAGACUAUGGCCUUGCCCCGUAUUGUGCAAGCAAAGCUGGAGUCAUUAAUCUUUGCAAGACAAUGGCCAUUGACUAUGCAAAAGAGGGCAUUCGUGUCAAUGCCAUCUGUCCAGGGCUUAUGGACACUCCCAUGGUCAACAAACUCAUUACAGAUGCAGCUGUUACUCAGGUCAUUCGAGACACCAUCCCUAUGGGGAGAGCAGCCGACCCGCGUGAAGUCGCCCAGGCAGUAUUGUUUCUGGCUUCUGACGAUGCUUCGUAUAUCACAGGCCAGGCCCUCGCGGUGGAUGGAGGUUCUACAGCCAAAAGCGGCGAUGUAGACUUUAUGCCCUUUAUCAAAAGUAGUUGA